UUUGCCGCUGUGAAACACCUAGCCACUGCUCAUACACCUUCGUUGCCCAGGAAAGGUUUACAAGCAUCCAAAAUCACCCCAGUUAUUAAGGGCAUCCCCACUGGAGAAAUUGCAUCUGUGAAGGGUACACCCUUUGAUUUCCUCAAACCACAAAGUAUUGAUAGCAAGAUAAAGGAUCUUCCUAAUGGUUACGAUAUCAACUAUGUCAUUGAUGGUGACAACAAGAAGAAGAAGAUCAAGUCGGUGGCUGUGGUGCACGAUAAGAAGUCUGGAAUAGUAAUGAAGCUUUCGUCAAAUGUACCGGGUGGUGCAAUUUUAUACCGGUAA